AUGAAAAGUCAUUUGUAUUUGGCUAUAUUGCUGUUGUUUUUAGCCCACAGUGCUCACAAUGCUCCAGUAGAAUCGCAACCAGAAGACUUGGAGGAAGAUCAUGAAUUAAUUGGUGGAUUUUUUCAAGGUGAUAUGGAAAUCGAGAUGACACGUAAUGGUGAGAUAGCUGAAUCUAAAAGAUGGCCAAAUGGCACUGUGCAUUAUAAAAUAGAUGAGGUUUUCGACAACGAUCGCACUUUGUAUAUACUGAAGGCAAUGAAAAACAUUGAAUCAGUAAGCUGUAUACGUUUCAUACCCGUCUCGGAUGUAAAAACUCCCCAUUUACACUUUAUUGGUGAACCUUCUGGCUGUCACACCAAAGUGGGUUAUCGUGGCAAGGUACAAACCCUUAAUUUACAGCUAGAUCGCUUGGACAAGGGUUGCUUUAAAUUGGGCACUAUUAUGCAUGAAAUUCUACAUUCCCUGGGCUUCCAUCAUCAACAGUGUGCCACCAAUCGUGAUGAUUAUGUUUUGGUUGUGGAGGAAAACAUUAAGGACGGCAAAUUGGGAAACUUUAUCAAAUACGAUGAUAAAACCGUUACUGAUUUCGAUAUUGAAUAUGAUUAUGGCAGUAUUUUGCAUUAUAGUUCAACGGCUUUUUCGAAAAAUGGCGAAAAAACGAUUAUACCUUUGCAGGGUGAAGAUAUUGAAAUUGGCCAGAGACGAGCUUUGAGUGCUAGUGAUAUUAACAAAUUGAAUAUGAUGUAUAAAUGUCCUAUUUUAAUGAUUUAG